AUGCUGCAGGUGCCACUGCCACUGGAGCGGGACGGGACACUGUUCCGGCUGCGCUUCACCUCGCUGGCCGUGGGCACUGUGCUCUGCCCCCUCUUCGGCUUCCUCUUCUGCGUCACCUGGUCACUGCUCUUCCACUUCCGAGAGACCACCGCCACGCACUGCGGGGUGCCCAACUACCUUCCCUCGAUCAGCGCGGCCAUCGGGGGCGAGACGCCCCAGCGCUACGUCUGGCGCCUCUGCAUCGGCCUUCACUCGGCCCCCAGGUUCCUGGUGGCUGUGGCCUACUGGAACCACUACCAGAGCUGCCACUGCUCCCACCCUCAGUACCUCUGCUUGUGCCACUGCAACCUGCUGCUCAACCUGCUGGAGAACUUUGCCCUCCUCAUCCUCACCUACGUGUCCUCCUCCGAGAACUAUGCAAUCCACGAAAAUGCCUUCAUUGUGUUCAUCACGUCUGCCCUGGGCCACAUGCUGCUCACCUGCAUCCUCUGGAGAAUGACUAAGAAACACACAGUAAGUCCCGAGGUACAGACACUUUCCUUUCUUCUCUCCGGUGCUGAGUCUGGCUCUCUGCUUUCAGCACAGGCGGAGGAGGUGAAGCUGCCCAAGUCUGUCGGUUUCCGCGUGUGA